AUUCCACCCAGAAGGCCCUCCAUGGGGAAGUCAUGCAGGAGAAUUCUAGAAACGUGGCUUCUCUGGCAGCAGAUGAGCAGGAAAAUGAGAGUUGCCAGCAGCCAGAUACAGUGACAUCACAACCAGCCAAUGCUGAAGUGGGAAAAGAGACAUUUGAGAACCACUGCAGAUCAAAAACACUUGAGGGGAAAAAGUCUAAGUAUAUGGAGAAGAAAUCAUCUACUUCCCAGUGCACUGAAGUCCAUGAAUUCCUGACUCAACAGCAUCACACAGGAAACCGAAAUGGGAAUUCCAUACCCUAUGGGGAAAUAUUCAGAGAUAAAUCAGAGAUAUGUAAUCAUUGUGGAACUAAAACUGUAGACAACCAAUGUGAAUGUAAAAAGCAUGGAAUGUAUUUCAACCAAAGCUUUGCUUUUACUUUAUGUCAGCGAAUCCACACAGAGCGUGGAGAGAAACCCAAGAAAUUCAUAGGGCAUGGAAAGAGAUUUAGUAGGAAAAGUAGCCUUACUUUCCAUAAAAGGCUCCACGCAGGAGAGAAACUAUAUAAAUGUGCUGAGUGUGGGAAGAGCUUCAGAUGGAACAGUCAUCUUACUGUACAUGAAAGGAUCCAUACAGGGGAGAAACCAUAUAAACGCUGGGAGUGUGGAAAGAGUUUUAAACGGAGCAGUCAACUUAUUUGUCAUAAAAGGAUCCAUGCUACGAAAACAUUCAAAUGUAUGGAGUGUGGAAUGAUUUUUAGAAUGAGAAGUGCCCUUAUUUUCCAUGAAAGGCUCCACACAGGAGAGAAACCUUAUAAAUGCAUGGAGUGUGGAAAGGCCUUCCAUCAGAACUAUAACCUUACUAUUCACAAAAGGCUCCAUACGGGAGAAAAACCAUAUAAAUGUAUCGAGUGUGGAAAGAGCUUCACUCAGAACUAUAAUCUUAUUACUCAUAAAAGGAUUCAUUCAGGGGAAAAACCAUAUAAAUGUAGUGAGUGUGGAAACAGCUUCAGCACAUGCAGUAUCCUUACUUCCCAUAAAAGGCUUCAUACAGGGGAGAAACCGUACAAAUGUAUAGCGUGUGGAAAGAGCUUCAGUCGAUGCAGUAGCCCUACAUCUCAUAGAAGGAUCCACAUGGGGGAGAAGCCAUAUGAAUGUACAGAGUGUGGAAAGAGCUUCAGUAGGAGCAGCAGCUUUUCGGCGCAUAAAAGGAUCCACACUGGGGAGAAACCAUAUAAGUGCAUGGAGUGUGGAAAAAGCUUCAGCCAGAGCAGCCACCUUAGUUCCCAUAAAAGGAUUCACCCAGGAGAAAUCAUGUAAUAGGGAAUGAGUUCCAGUUUCAGCCUCCACUUUCUUUUUUCUGAUGACUCAUAUAAGAGAGAAUCUAUAAAGAUUGUCCAUACAAGAAUGCACUCUCUUUCCCAUAAAAAUAUCAACACGGGGAAGAAACCAUAUACAACUAUAGAGUAUGGAAAUAACAGCUCAUGGGUAGCCUUGCUUUGUUAUGGAUUCACCCACAGAGAAACCCCAUAAAUGCAGCAAAUAUGGAUUAUUUUACUGCUCUUACUCUAAAUCACAAAAAGGGAUAUUGUGCAUGGUGUGUGAAAAAUCAAAUGAACACUAACUGUAUUUCCCAUUGAAAGAAUCUACAUAGGGAAGUAAUUAGGAAAUGGAAUGUUCCAGGGAAUUCCAGAAGAUUCCAUAUUAUGACAAUCCAGCCAUAUCAGGGGUUGUCCGUCCAUUUUCACAAAGUAAAUCUUCUGGUAAUGCUUUAGAGUAAGAGAGGUCUUGGGACCUUUUAAGGAACCUAUGGAGGAGAGAAAUCAUAGCGGUAUUUAUCAUUUACAUGAAUCUGCCCACACAAUGAACAUGUGUUGAGAAUGCAGAGUUGAAGAACUUCCCACUUAGGAAAAGCAUUAUUUGUCGUUUUGUUGGACUUAAUAAAGACAGUA